CUCGAGUCGCCCCGGCACGGGCUCUGCUGCUGCCUGACUGGCCGCCUAUGAAAACUAGUUGGAGGAAGGUCUUGCACAGGUGGUUGGGUGUAGGUCCGCCUGGUGGGCGAGCGGAACUGGGAGUCGUCUAGGUGGAACGUCCCCCUCCCCCCAACGGGAGGAGCCUUGCACACUCGCGUCGCCGCGGCGGUUCCAGAGAGCUCCGACUUCAACUUCGGUUCUGGGUCGGAAACGCUCACCUGCGGCUCCGGCUCCUUUCCAAGAGUUCCGGCUUAGUGGUGGUUGAGUGACUUCGUUUACUCGGCUCUUACCCUUUCCUUAAUAAGAGCCGAAGGCUCUGUUUUCCAGUUAAGAGAACCUUAACGAGGAAAAAGUCGUAUUGGUAGAUUCAAGUGGCCUUUUUAAUGAUUGAGUAAUGAUGGAGAUGGACCCAAAUUAGAAAGUGAUUUCUUCAAUAAAGCAAUAGAAGAUUCUUCAUAUCACUUCUGGAAAGCUCAGUUCAGUUUUUGGGAAGGAGGAGAACAAGUGAAAUAACAGAAAAUUGAUAAGAAGAAACCCUCAUUUUGGAAUUUCUCCUUGACCCUUUUCUACUUAUAAUUUUGCUUUGAAUUUAUAAAUAGUAAAGACCAAAGAAAUAGGAUACAUAUUAGAAGCUUUAUACCAAGAAAUUCGCCUUGAAAGCUGCUAUUCCGUGGCAGGAAAGAUAUAUCAAGUUUCUGUCUGAUUCCUUUAUUUAAAAACAACAAACCCAACAAAUCAAAAUUCCUUAUAUCUUUAGAUUUUGAAUUUUAAGACAGAUAAAAGAAUAUAUCCACACUGUUUUAAGCAGUUGUGUAAGAUAAUGACAUUUGUAUUUUAAAGGCUUUUGUUGUAGGUAUUUUGCCACUGGAAUUGAUUGCUCAGAAGAUAUCUUAUAGUGCUUUACUAUUACAUUUUUGGUCUUUCAUCUUGAUGACAUUUCUUGCCCACACCUGAAACCACCUGUCUUUCUAGCUAUGACCUUGUUAUGAACAGUAUUUGCACUCACUGUGCAAAUGUACAUGUUUUGCCUAUUUGAACAACAUUAUAGUGCCAUUACUCAAGGAAGUUGAAUGAGGUGAACGUAGAAAUAGCUUUUCCCCCUUUCCCCCCUUUUUUAAAUGUAACAAAUAACUUUUUAUGUUCCCCUUCCCCCUUCCCCUUCCCCCUUUCCCCUUUGGAAACGUGUCAGGAACUAGAUAGUUCAGGAUGAGUAAUUGAGAGGAUUAAGAGAGUGAGCCACACAGAGCUGGGCUUCUUUGUGCUUCAUCACAAGGCGUGCUGCUGGCCAGGCUGCUUAAGCACCCUUUUUACAAGAAAACCUCGUGGAAGAUACAGCUGGCAACUUUGGAAACAGGACCACAGAGGUGACACUCUGAGGAUCCUGGCCAUGAGGUUGGAUGCCUCAUCUUGCUGAAAAGACACUGGACCUAAAUGGCGCAGCAUGACUUUGUUCCUGCUUGGCUAAAUUUCUCAACUCCACAGACAGCUAAGUCAUCUACAGCCACCUUUGACAAACACGGAGAGCACCUAUCCCGUGGGGAAGGUAGAUUUGGAGUAAGCCGUCGUCGACAUAAUUCCUCGGAUGGCUUUUUUAACAAUGGACCUCUAAGGACUACGGGAGAUUCUUGGCACCAACCCUCUCUAUUCCGUCAUGAUUCUGUGGACUCUGGAGUCUCUAAGGGGGCAUAUGCUGGAACCACAGGGAAUUUAUCUGGUUGGCAUGGCUCUUCCCGAGGUCAUGAUGGCAUGAGCCAACGAAGUGGAGGUAGCACAGGAAACCAUCGACACUGGAAUGGCAGCUUCCACUCUCGGAAAGGCUGUGCCUUUCAAGAAAAACCACCAACAGAGAUUCGGGAAGAAAAAAAAGAGGUUAAAGUAGAAAAAUUGCAGUUCGAAGAGGAAGACUUUCCUUCUUUGAAUCCAGAAGCUGGCAAACAGAAUCAGCCAUGCAGACCUAUUGGGACCCCUUCUGGAGUGUGGGAAAAUCCACCUAGUGCCAAGCAACCCUCAAAGAUGCUAGUCAUCAAAAAGGUUUCCAAAGAGGAUCCUGUUGCUGCCUUCUCUGCUGCAUUCACCUCAUCAGGAUCCCACCAUGCAAAUGGGAACAAAGUGUCAACUAUGGUCCCAAGUGUCUAUAAGAACUUGGUUCCUAAGCCUGCACCACCUCCCUCUAAGCCCAAUGCUUGGAAAGCUAACAGAAUGGAACACAAAUCAGGAUCCCUUUCCUCUAACCGGGAGUCUGCUUUUACCAGUCCAAUUUCUGUUACUAAACCAGUGGUACUAGCUGCUGGGGUAGUUCUAAACUCUCCCAAAGAGAGUCCCUCCAGUACUACCCCUCCAAUUGAGAUCAGCUCCUCUCGCCUGACCAAAUUGACCCGCCGAACCACGGACAGGAAGAGUGAAUUCCUGAAGACUCUGAAGGAUGAACGGAAUGGAGACUGCUCAGAAAGCAGAGACUGUGACAAGCUAGAGGGGUUGGAGGGCAGCCACAUACCCGAACCAAAGGAAAAUGGAGAACAAGGUUGUCUUCAGAACGGUCUUUCUCUACCCAUUGUGGAAGAAGGGGAGGUCCUGUCCCACUCUCUGGAAGCAGAGCACAGGUUGUUAAAAGCAAUGGGAUGGCAGGAAUAUCCUGAAAAUGAUGAGAAUUGCCUUCCACUCACAGAGGAUGAGCUCAAGGAGUUCCAUAUGAGAACAGAGCAGCUACGAAGAAAUGGGUUUGGAAGGAAUGGCUUCCAGCUGAGCCGCGGUUCUAGCCUGUUCUCCCCUUGGAGAAGCACUAUCAAUGUAGAGUGUGAGGACUCCGACACAGAAACAAGCAGUAGUGAGACGUCAGACGACGACGCCUGGAAGUAGAAGUAAAAGUGCUCACAGUUGACCUGCCCCACUCAGCUCAGCUUUGUGUUUAGAGAAUAUAAAAAGUGUUCUUUUCCUUUCUUACGUUGUUGAAUACUUCAUGCACAAGGGAAAUAAUCAUAUCCCAAAGAGAGAGCAAUUGUCUUGCUUAGCUUUUGUUGUUGUUCCCUGUUAUCUGCUUAAUAGAGAGAUAUGUGUGGUGGAAUUUUAAAGCACAUACAUAGUACCUGUGGGGCCGUGCACAGGUGGGAGCUGGCAGUGCAGAGAUGCAGGGGGAGACACUGCUCUGCUCAGCAGCUUCUACUACCAGCCCUUGGACACUCACCCCUGUGCUCAAGCAAUCAUUGUCAAUGACAAAGUGACUAUUGAAGUUAUAAUUGUAUUAAAUUAAUGCUAAUAAUUUGGAUAUUUUAUUUUAUUUUUGGCUGCUCGGGUAACUUAGCCCUUAACCAAGCAUAUGUGGUUGUUUUUUGUUUUAUUUUUUUGUUGUUGUUUUUUUCUUUCUGGGUACAGCUGUAAAAUAUUUGGAUAUAGGAAAUGUUAUUCUUGCAGCCUUGAUAUUCAGGGUGGAUUGUAAAAUAUGAAUUUUUGUGAGAUUUCAAAGAUUAAGAUUAUUUUGAUAACAUUAUUUACAGAUUUAAAAGAUGUGGUUAUCACAAGUCUGUUGAGGGGGAAAACUACUGCAUAAAAUAACUAACGUGGAAUAAAUAUUUUGCAUCAGU